AUGGUGAGAACAAGAACAGAAGACCCGGAAGAUGCUACAUAUGCACAGUUGGACAGGAUGGAGAGAAUGAUCAUGGAAAUGGCAGAGACCUUAUGGCAACAACACCAACAGCCACAACCACAACCGCCACCUCCACCGGUACCUCCGCCUGUGGUACAAGAUUUUCAUGCUGAGGACCGGACUAUCACUCUUAUGAAGGAAUUUAAGAAGAUGAAGCCGCCAUCAUUCAAGGGAGGAAUAGAACUGAUGAUAGCUGAAGCAUGGGUGUUGGGAAUAGAAAAACUAUUUGAAGUAUUUCUGUGUACCGAAGUCCAAAAAGUGCAACUUGCUACCUUCACCCUUGAAGAUGAAGCACAGAGGUGGUGCAUGCUUACAGGAACUGUACAUCAAGGCUUAACUUGGGACAAAUUCUUGGAGCUGUUUUAUGACAAGUACUUUCCUCAAAGUAUGCGAGACAAGAAGGUGAUAGAAUUUCAAACUCUCAGACAAGGGAACAAGACCGUUGCAGAGUAUGAAGCUCAAUUUGCAGAACUAGCCCGGUUUGCACCUCAUAUGGUGGACACGGAUUAUAAGAAGGCACAGAAAUUUGAAGGGGAAUUACGGGGUGCUAUCCUGGAUAGAGUCAACAUGUUAGAGUUACCUACCUAUGUUGAUAUGUUGGAGAGGGCUGUUAUCGCAGAGGGAAACCUUGCUGCUCAGAGUCGGAUUUCUGAAUGGAAGGGAAAGAGGCAGAACAAUCAAUUAUCAACGGGGUCAACUACUCCACCUAGCAAGAAACAAAACUCAGGGACUUCUAGUGCUUCCACCCUCACACCAGACUCAACCCCUAUUUGUUCAGAAUGUGGAAAGAAGCACCGUGGAACAUGCUAUCAGAAGUCUGGGGCCUAUUUUAGUUGUGGCAAAACGGGCCAUUUGGUAAGGGAUUGCCCUCAGCGGAAUCAAAAAAAUGGCAAUAGGGCUGUUACAAGUUUAGUAGGGUCUACACCAACUUCCAACACCAAGUCAGUUGCCAAACCUGCUAACAAUAAAGACACUGUGAGACAAGGUAGGGUGUUUACAUUGGUUCCAGGAGAUGUGCAAAAUGCGGCAACAGUGGUGUCAGGUACAUUUAUUAUUCACGGUCAUUCUGAUCAUAUAUUGUUCGAUUCUGGCUCAACCUAUUCCUUUGUGUCAAAACUAUUUGCGCAAAAUUUAGAUAAAUUUGAGGAAGUAUUGCCUUAUAUGUUGUGUGUGUCUUCGCCUUUGGGAGACUCUUUGAUUUGUACUUCUGUUUAUUUUGCUUGUGAACUUCAAGUUGGGGACAUCCGGGGACAUGGGAUGACUUUUCCACCUUAUUUGAUUUCUGAAGCAAAGGCUUGUAACCUAAUUCAGAAAGUGGGUCAGGGGUAUUUAUGCAUUGUUUUGGAAGGGCAAGUGAUGAGUGGGAAUACUGACAUGAUUCCAGUUGUCUGUGAAUUUCUGGAUGUCGUUACGGAAGAAUUACUGGGAGAGCUAGUAGACCGUGAAAUCAAGUUUACAAUUGAAAUGGCACUGGGAACUCAACCUAUUUCUAAGACUCCAUAUAGAAUGUCACCAGUUGAGAUGAAGGAAUUAAAGAUUCAAUUGUAG